UACCCAGAGGCAUGGACAAGGGGCUCUGUGCAUUGCCCCGUCCGCAUGCGCCGUCCCUGCAGCUCCCAUUGGCCAUGGUUCCCGGCCAGUGGGAGCUGUGGGGGCAGCGUGCAGAGCCCCCUGGCUGCCCCUACGCGUAGGAGCCGGGGGGGGGGACAUGCCGCUGUUUCCGGGAGCCGCAUGGAGCAAGCACCGGACCCUGCUCCCCAGCUGGAGCUCGAGGGCCAGAUUCAAACAUCUGAAGGGCCAGAUGCAGCCCCUGGGCGGUAGUUUGCCCACCCCUGUCAUAUCUGCUCUGGAAAUGUCAGCCCAGAAUACUAAGGUGUAUGUUAAACUGGCUUAAAUCCCCUAGUUAAGGUAUGGGGAGAUAAGAGUCCCCUUAGUAUAUGUCAUUUGCUUGAGUCAGACAGAUGCCCUGACUCUAGUUAGCAGGAACCCCUUCCAGAGCAUUAGAAGAGCAGUGAGAGAAUAGAGCUCUGUAAAUAUGUCAGGACAAUUAUUUCUUUGUUCUGUGGACGGCUUAAGUGGUAGGUGAGGGACACUGAGAGGGGAUGCUAGCCCUCACCUUGCAAUGGUCAAUUAAUACAAUGAUGUUGGGAGGUGUUGGUUUCAUAGCCCUAAAGACUGAAGUUUUCUGCUUCUCCAGAACAAAUACAAGAUGGCCAAUGGGAGCUACGGGGGGGCGCUUGGGGCAGGGGUGGUGUGCGGAGUCCCCUGGCUGCCCCUAAACGUAGGAGCCGGAGGGGGGACAUGCCUCUGUUUCCGGGAGUCAUAGCACAUGCCUGCGGAGCGUAUCCUACUCCCUGGCUGGAGCAUGGGAGCAGGGCAAGCCCCAGACCCUGCGAACAGGGCAAGCCCCAGACCCUGCUCCCCAGCAGGAGCUCAAGGCCCAGAUUAAAUCAGCUGGCGGGCCGGAUGUGGCCCGCGGGCCAUAGUUUACUCACUACCCUUUUACGGUGUCCCCUGAACCAUGGUCUCUUCCAGAAGGAACAUUCUUCAAGUUUACAGCCUGAGGUUUAUGAAGGAAGUACUGUUGGCCAGUUUCAAAAGCCAGAGAGAGAAUUUCCCCUGCCAAAAGCAGCAGUGACCCACUGAGGCAACUUCCAAGGUCAUAAUGAAGCUGAUGAAUAGAAGAGACCCCUAUGUUCGAGAGGUCAUCCGGUUUGCAGUGUGUUGCAGAGCCCUGACACUUGUGCUCCAGGCCCUGUUUAACUUCUUGAUCCCGGAUCAUGCAGCAGAUGCCUUCUCUCCUCCCCGCCUGUCAGAACCCAGCCUCUGUGACUGGUUGUCGGAAUGGCUGUUGGGGGGCUUGUCGCACUGGGAUGCAGAGCACUUCCUGUUCAUAGCUGAGCAUGGCUACCUGUAUGAGCACAACUUCGCCUUCUUCCCAGUGUACCCCCUCAGUGUGCGAGCCGUGGCAAAGGUCAUCCUGUGCCCUCUGCAAGGGCUACUGUGUUUACGGAGCCGCCUGCUCUUGUCAGCGGUGCUUUUGAAUGCUCUCCUCUCAGUCCUGGCAGCUGCUGUCCUCUAUGAGCUGGGGUGUGUGGUGCUGCGGUGUCGCAGGAUGGCCUUCCUCUCUGCUGUCCUCUUCUGCCUCACCCCCGCCAAUGUGUUCAUGACAGCCGCUUACUCAGAAAGCAUGUUUGCUUUCCUGGUGUUCAGUGCCAUGCUGCAGCUGGAGAAAGGGCAGAGCUGGACCAGCGGACUGCUCUUCUCCCUUGCUGCUGGUGUGCGCUCCAACGGGGUGAUCAACACCGGCUUCCUCAUCUAUUCCCAGAGUAAAGACCUUGCCCUCCAACUCCAGGCAGGUGCUGGGACUGUAAUGAAGCUGCCUCAGGUCUGGAGACGACUCCUCCGCUUUGCAGCUUCCGUGGUUCUGAUGUCUGCUGGGGUCUUUUUCCCUUUUGCUUUGUUUCAGUCCUAUGCCUACUUGAGAUUCUGCACUCCUGACACCAGCUCGGAACAUGCUGUUCCCAGGCCGCUAUUGCAGCUGGCUGUGGAUAAAGGGUAUCGUCUAGCGGCCAUGAGUGGGAUGAAACCUGCGUGGUGCUCCCAGGGGCUCCCUGUGGUCUAUUCAUACAUUCAAGAUGUUUACUGGAAUGUGGGCUUUCUAAGGUACUUUGAGCUUAAACAGGUACCCAACUUCCUGCUUGCUGCGCCGGUUACUGUGCUGGGCUCUUGGGCCACCUGGUUCUACCUCACUGCAAAUCCCCAGUACUGCUUAAUGCUUGGCCUAGUGAGAAGAAGGAAGGAAGGAAGGAAAGGAGAGGACUCUGAUAAGCCAGUGGAUGGAUUUCGCUGCACCAGUGUCUUCGUUUACGUGGUCCAUGCCAUGGCUCUUCUGGCCUUCGGAAUCCUCUGCAUGCAUGUGCAGGUUGUAACCAGGUUCCUAGGCUCGUCUACACCAGUCUUGUACUGGUUCUCUGCUCAUCUGCUCCAGGACUAUGAACCUUUGCUGUGGAAAGAAGGAGCUGCUAUCCAGACUGCAGCAUCCCUCUCCAAGAAGCCCAGUGUAGGCAGCUCUUUUCCUGGAUCGUUCAGAAAAGGGAUUUCUGAAAACCCCAUCAUGAGAUUACUGCUGAAUUGGAGAAUAAGUUCCCCUCUCACCAAAUGUAUUCUGGGAUACUUCCUGUCCUACUGGCUGCUGGGGCUGAUCCUACACUGCAACUUCCUGCCUUGGACAUAGUUAAAGUUUGAGAACAUGUAUUUGUGAUGGACCUGCUAAUGGGAACAGAAUCGCUGCUCAGAAUAUAAACUCUUUUUUAAACUUGACAUAAGUGAAUUGAUGCUACUAUCUUUCUUUUUAUUUCCAAAGGCAUACAGAGCCCCCAAUAUGUGCACAUGACUCUGUGCUCUUACUGCUGUAAACCUCAUCCUUCCUCAUUCCAUUCUCCCCCCUUCCAUUUGUCACCAUCACUGGUCGUAUGAUGGCUAAAAUCUAAUCUGUAAACUCUUUGGGAUGGCGGUUGUCUUUUUAUUCUUAUGUCUUCUGUGAAGCACUUUACCAUAAUUAAUAAUUGUCCAGUGAAAUGAGUUAUAGGCCUGUUUAAGGUUAUAGGUUAGGUUAUAGUUGACAUGUCUAUCUGCAGAAUACAAAUUGGGAUUCUGAGGUGGUGGAGAAACUCAAGGAAGCAUCCCCUAGCUCGCAGUGAGAAGCUUUCCUAGUGUGCUCCUCUUCCUGUAGGAGCGCCUGGGCAUCAUAGCCAUUUCUGCAUCAUAGAGAACAGGUGGAGUCACAAAGGAGUUGGCUGGAGAGGUCCCUAGAGAAAGUUCUUGGAGGUUCUCAAGCUAGGGCAUGUGGAAAUUCACAAGGGUGUAUCAGAGUGUUUGAAUGUUGCCAGUAAAGUUUGUGGACUUUACGAGAGUCACUUUUCCCCCUAAAUAAAAAGACAUCUCUAGCUUUGGGAAAUUUGAGAACUGCCAGGGGUGGGUAGGAGAGUCAGUGUGAUAGGGCCUACAGCUUGGAGAGUACUGUCGGGAAGUUGGACAUUGAGGGUAGGAAAUAAACAUUCCUGUUUACUUCAUUAAAUAGUAGGGGCGUGUUGCCCUCUGGUUACAGCAGGGCAGAGGGACUCAGGUCUGAUUUCUAUUUCCAGUUCUGCUGUUGACUUACUGUGUAUUCUGGAGAAAGUCACUUGCUCUUUAUGCCCUGAUUCUACUCUCUCUCAAAAUGGAGACAGUGCUACUUCCCACUCUCACCAAAGGAUUGUGAAGUUUGUUUAAUGAAUGUGUGAAGCUCUUUGAGAUCUUUUAUAGAAGGCACUAAAGAAGGGUAAAGCAUAUACUGUUUUUAGCUUAAAACAGAAUAAGCUAAUUGUAAAUGUGGUAGUCUCCAGCUAUCCAAGCUUCUGAUUAGAUGAAGGCUUUGGGGAUACAUGUACCCAGCAAGCAGAAAGCCGUGGCAGUGAGUCUCAGAGCUUGGGUCUACAGACUCAGGGUCACAGGGUUCAUGCUACAGUGCUCAAAAUAACUUCAGAGCCCAAGCUCCCCACUGAGCCCGAAUGUCUGUCUAUACAGCUAUCUUAGCACUGCAGCAUGAGCCCUCUGAGCCCAAUUCUGUAGACCCAGGCUCUGCUGCUGGUUUCUGCUUGCCAUGUAGACAUAGUCUGGGUGUCCCCUGAGUUGUACAUUUACACACACACACACACUCACAAACUCUCUCUCUCUCUUCCUCCCUUGACAGUAGCUGUUUGUAGCUGGACACCUUGGUUUAAAUCCUGCUUGAAGCAGGUCAUCUCUGCAAAUUAAUUUGGAAGAUUCCUCUGAGAUGCUGGCAGUUGUCACCCCUUUGAUUCCAGAAGGGACAGACUUAAAGGAAAUGAGAAGCAGGCAUACCUACAUCCUGGAACAAACCGAACAUCCCACACAGCAGUAGGCUAAUGUUUGAUGACUGAUAAUGAGACUUUAAAAACAAACGUAUCCUGAAACUCUCCAGCUAACUGGAAGAGGCUAUAGUGAGAUUUUUCCAAAGCAGGUACGGCAUCCUGCAUGCUGCCACUGAAAUCAGUUGAAGUCUGCAAAGAUCUGCUUGAGGGAUUGGGUCCAUAUUUUUGAACCUGUAGAAGGCAAGUGUAUCUUCAGUGUUUAAGCUUUGCCUUCCCUACAUGAAAAUUCUGCUGACGUUUUUAGUCAGACUUUGCACUGGUAAAUAAGAAUAAAAAUUAAACUUAAAACUCCAAAUAAAACAAUGAGUAAAGAUA